AUGAUCAACUCAGAGAGUGUAUCCAGGGCGAAUUCGGUAUCGCACACGGCAGCGACUUCUGCCAUGUUAUCGAAUUCGCAAUUGUUGAGUCCUAAUACACAAGUUGUGGUUGGGACACAUAAGUGUGAAAUUAUUGAGCACCUCGCGGAAGGUGGAUUUGCCCAUAUUUAUAAAGUGAAGUUUUUGGAACUUACCAAUGAAAUGGACGCAGGUAUCGAAACGAGGCUUCUAAAGGCCGGAGACGUUGCUUGUUUAAAGAGAGUGAUUGUUCCAGAUGAGAAUGGGCUAAACGAAUUGAGAAAUGAAGUGGAAACUAUGAAGCAGCUAAGGGGGUCUCCUAAUAUUGUACAAUACUAUGACUCCAAUGCUUCCAGGAGACCGGAUGGGUCCCCUGGGUAUGAGAUUCUACUCUUGAUGGAACUAUGCCCUAAGGGGUCAUUGCUUGACUAUAUGAACAAGAAACUAGCAACUAAAUUGAGUGAGAGUGAGAUAUUGAAGAUUAUGUUCGAUGUUACGAAUGCUAUUGCACAAGUGCACUAUUUGCCGACACCUUUGAUACACAGGGACAUCAAGAUUGAAAACGUGCUUGUUGACAAAGACGAUAAUUUCAAGCUUUGUGACUUCGGCUCCACUUCCGUGUGUUUCCCGAUUGUGUCAACCCAUCAAGACAUUGCUGUGUUGACAAAUAAUAUUUACGUGCAUACCACUCCUCAGUAUAGGUCCCCCGAAAUGAUAGAUCUUUAUCGGUGUCUUCCUAUCAAUGAGAAAUCCGAUAUUUGGGCACUUGGUAUUUUCCUUUAUAAACUUCUAUUCUACACCACACCAUUUGAAUUAACUGGCCAGUUUGCAAUCUUGCAUUCAAAAUACGAUAUUCCUCAGAAUGCCUACUCUUCAAAAUUGAUAAACCUUAUCAUAAUUAUGCUAGCCGAAAACCCCUCGUUGAGACCAAACAUCUACCAGGUAAUGUACCAUAUUUGUCAAAUUCUCAAGUGCGACGUUCCAUUCUCUGAUAAGUAUGAGUUAGGGCCUUACGAUUUUGAUAAAUACGCCCAAUAUCACUCAAAGCUACAACAAAUACAGUAUCAGAUGUUCGAACUGUACAACAAGAAAAAUAUAACUCCUGUUGACAUUGAUAACUUGAACAGCUUGUUCAUUCAGAAUUUUGAAAUUGCACCCAAAGAGCCUGUUUAUAAAGUUUCUGCCGCUGCAAGUCAGCCAGACUCAUCUGAGGACGAAUUGGAUAGUGAUCUUGAAAAAAUGGAUGAAUUCUAUCCAACUGUGGAAAAGUUGGAAUCUGGCAAUCUAAAGGGUAAAGAUGAUAACCAUCUGAAUGUAUCUUCCUCAUCCGUAAAGAAGUCGAAUUCUAGGAGCACCUCGGAAUUCUCCAAUAGGUCACAGAUCUCUUUGAGCUCUGUAGAUAAGGGUAGCUUCCAAGGGGCAAGGACUCCUCCACCACCUCCAGCUCCCAUUUCUCAGUCUCAAUUACAGCUACAAUUGCAGUACCCACAGCAACAACAAACACAACAAGCACAACAAACACAACAAGCACAGCAACAGUCACAAGCACAGCAACAACAACAACCAAAACCGAAGUCGCAGCAACAGCAGCAACAGAAUACAGAAAAUAUGUCUGCGACUAAACAACAUAAACAAUACAACCCUUUCCAAGCGCAAUAUCAACCUGAGUUGGGAUCAUCUGAUUAUUUCCAAGCUGAUAACGACCACUAUUUUAAGGAAACCCCUCCAAUGCAAAAGAUAAAUGAUAAAGCGUCAUCAUAUUUCCACCAACCGUCACCAGAGGACAACAAACAACCACCUAGUCUACAAGUUCCUACUCAGAAUCACAAGUUCGAUACUGGAGUAUCAAUUCCUGAGGUCACGACAACAAAUACUAAUACUGAAUAUCUGCUCGAUCUUUCACCUCCUCAAGGAAACGUCAGUAACAAUAAUAAUAAUAAUAAUAACCACAUAGUGUACUCGGUAUCAGGUGGUAUUCCAACAACUUUGCCCAGGAAUAUACCUACAAAUAUGCCUGAACAAGGAUUGUCAUCUCAGCCGUUGGUUCAAAGCAUUUCACAACAAAACCAAAACUCUGCAAACGUGCCUCCAGUUCAUCAACCUUUACAACAUCGUUUGGAUUUGACUUUUGACCAAGUCGACCUCUCGAAACACUCAUUAACCAGACAAUCCGACACUGAGGUGGAAGAAAGUGUUAUAUCCGAUGAGAGUAUCUCCCUUGAUCUCAAGCAGACAAAGACAAAGGAGGCCUCAGCAAAACCUAUUCAUAGACCUAUAUCCCCAGUAUUAGAGAACAAUGAUUUUCCAAAACCAAAGUCAAAAUCAUCGAAGGCUCCACAACGUAAAUCCUUGGACUUGAAGUACCAAGAAAUCAACCUCUCCAGUGAAGAUCAACGGAUACAGCGCAAGGCCGCCAAACCAUCCUUCUCGCGUAAUAGCAUUAGAAGAUCGGUGGAGAUGGAACGCAUGAAACAUGAUUCAAACAGUUCUAAUUCCAGAGACGACAGCAAGGAAUCCAAAAGAAGAUCCUUCUUCGGAGUAUUCAAAUAA